AUGGAAAAGAUUGAUCAGUUGAAGCAACUAUAUCAAGUUAAUUUGGAUAAAGUGACGCCACAUUACAAAGAAAGAUGGGCAGUAUUAAUUGCUCUAAAUGUUUUAUUUCUUCUACGUAUCGUAAUGGCGCAAGGUUGGUACGUGGUAUGCUAUGCGUUAGGGUUAUUCCAAUUGAAUCAAUUUUUAGCAUUCUUGACACCUAAAUUUGAUAUGUCAUUACAACAAGAUGAAGCUAAUAAAGAAUUAGAAGCAGGUGAAAGAGCCGAUGAUUUUAAACCAUUUAUUAGAAGAUUACCUGAAUUUAAAUUUUGGUAUAAUUCAAUGAGAGCUACUUUGAUUAGUUUGGUUUUAAGUUUGAUCAGAAUCGUGGACAUUCCUGUCUUUUGGCCAAUCUUAUUGAUGUAUUUCCUUGUUUUAUUCUUUUUGACAAUGAGGAAACAAAUUCAACAUAUGAUCAAAUAUAAAUACGUCCCAUUAGAUAUUGGUAAGAAGAAAUAUUCUAAUUCAAAAUAG